UUUGUGACGUCCGGCGAAGAAGAAGAAGAAGUAGAAGUUCGCCAUUUUAUCAGUGUUGCGAUCAAGAGUGAAAUGUGCAGAAAAUUGCGAAAAAUUGGUGGAUAAAGUGGUUGAAAAUAGUGUAAAAAUUGAGAACAUUGCACCAACUAUGGCAAUGAAUAUGGAGAGUGUGAUUGCGUUCAAUGCAGAGCUCUCGGGCCUCAUUGAGACGAAACCACCGAUUUCUAAGGCUAAAAUGGGCGCUAUCACCCGGAGUGCCAUGAAAGCCAUCAAGUUCUACAAGCAUGUUGUCCAGAGCGUCGAAAAAUUCAUCCUCAAGUGCAAGCCCGAGUACAAAGUGCCCGGACUAUACGUGAUUGAUGCCAUCGUGAGGCAAUCCAGGCAUCAAUUUGGACCCGAGAAGGAUGUCUUUGCUCCCCGUUUUGCCCAGAACAUGCAGCAGACCUUUGCUAAUCUCUUCAGGUGCGCUCCGGAAGACAAGAGCAAAAUAAUUCGGGUGCUGAAUCUUUGGCUGAAGAACAAUGUCUUUUCGCCCGAAGUUAUAAAUCCCCUUUUUGACUUCUUCAAUCCCAAUCGGACGCAUCCGUUGGAGUCUCAGCCAAUGAGCCAGAGUAUGAGUGUGACCAAUGGUAUGACGUCUACAACACAAAUUGUGGCAGAUUCUCCUCAAGUGGUUCAGGCUGAUGAGCAGAGUCGAAUGUCUGCGGAUAUGUCCAAUUCUCAUGGAAAUGUUGGGGGACAGAUGGAAUUGGAUCCUAAUAUCAUUAGACAACUGCAUCACUUCCAGAAGCUAUUGAUACAGCAGACGGGCAAUGAUAUGGGAGCGGGAAAUAGUGGGCAGGAUCAGGUGAAAUUCAAUAAGAAGUUGCUGGAUUUUGAUUAUGGAGAGGAUGAGGAGGAGGAGAAGACAUCGUCACCGAAUGUGACGAGUUCAUCGAGUGUACUGGAAGUGAAUAGUUUGAAUCAAUUGCUGCAAGAUCCGAAUGUAUUGCGUCAGCUGCAGAAUCUGCAGAAGCUCAAGGAGCACGAAAUGGAAGAGAAACAGACAAAAUUGACAGAGAUGCGAUUGCAAGAGGAGGCCUUUGAGAAGCAUUUGGUGAAUGUACUCAAGAAGUUACCAUUUGCCAAUGAAUGCGAUCUCAGUCGGCAGACAGAUCAGCAGCAACAUGUAGCGCCAAAUCAAAUGUACGCCAUGCAGCAUUUGCAGCAGGCACAGAUGCAGCAAGCACAAAUGCAGCAGGCGCUGCAGCAGCAGCAGCAGCAAAUGGCUCAAACUGGUCAACCAAUGCCUCCAGCCGUUCCCGAGUCCACAGAUCCCGAUGUGGAAUUUACGGGAGAGAGUGGAAAGGUGGAAGUGAUUACUCUCGAUGGCAAUGACUCAGAUCUGUCAAGUCCGGGACGUGCAGAAAGAUACAAAUCCCGUAGGCGCAGUAGAUCGAGAUCGAGAGACAGGACAAGGGAUCGAAGACGCAGGAGUCGCACGAGAUCGCGUUCUAGAUCACCCAGGUCCAGGAGGAGAUCUUCCAGGGAGAGAGCAAGGGAGAGGGAGCGUGAGAAGGAGAAGGAGUACGAUCGGGAAAGGCGCAGGAAGGGAUUGCCGGACAUCAAAAAGGAGCAUCUAAGUGUAUGCAGCACAACUCUCUGGGUGGGACAUUUGUCCAAAUUGGUGCAGCAGGAAGAACUCAGUGACACCUUUGGAAGAUAUGGGGAUAUUGUGAGCAUCGAUAUGAUUGUCCCUCGGGGAUGUGCAUUCAUAGCCAUGAAUAGGCGUCAGGAUGCCUAUAAAGCGAUGAAUAGCCUGAAAGGGCACAAGAUGCAGGGUCGUGCUAUCACGAUUUCCUGGGCAACUGGCAAAGGGGUGAAGAGUAAAGAGUGGAAGGAUUAUUGGGAUCUGGAUUUGGGUGUAAGUUACAUUCCCUGGUCCAAGAUUGACCACACGACAGAUUUGACGGCACUGGAAGAGGGUGGAAUGUUCGAUGAGGAUACACUGCCGGAAUGGCUGAAGGAGAAGCGUAAGGCUGAGUCGAAGAAGAUUGAAUUUCCGGGUUUGGAUACAAGUCAACCUCCACCGGCUGCUAUGAUGUCCAUGGUGGCACCAUUUCAGAUUCCCGGAACACCUGCUGGUGCUGCUGCGGCAGCUGCUGCUGGUAGGAUGAUGGCACCACCAUUGAUGCCCAAUAUGAUUCCAGGACUUCCAUUGGGAGUUCCUCCGCCACAAAUGAUGAUGACACCCAUGAUGCAGAUUCCUCAGAUGGACAAGAAUGUCCCACCGCCAACAGGUGGUCCUGCCACGGCAAAUCCUGAACAUUUUCUGGCCCUUAACUUCCCCAUGCCACCAAUCCCAUUGCCAACGGGUUUGGUGCCUCCUCAGGUUCAACCUGAAGCUGGGGCAGCAGCAAAGUCUGGACAUGAUGAUGAUCGCAUGGAGAUUGAGAAUGAGGAGGAAGCAGGAGGGGCAGGAGGAGGAACAGGAGCAGGAGGAGCACAGGGAGGAGUAACAGAAACUCCCAAGAAAGAUACUCCGCUGAGUGAGCAACUCCUGGCUAUGACCAACUUCUUCAAUCGUCCUCCACCGUUAAUGUCCCAACCAGUGUCGCCAUCUAUCGUCCAGAGCUUUGCCAAUGCUGCUCAGGACAAGAAGGCCUCCACAUCGUCUCAGGAGGAAUCCCGCGAGAACAGCCGGGAUAGAGAAUUCAGAUCGCGUGGACGAGAUCGCGAGAGGUCCAGCAGAGACAGGGACAGAAGGGACUUUGGAAGGGGAGACAGGGGCAGCCGAUGGGGAAGUGGAGAACGCAGUCGGGAGCGACAGGAGAAGGAGAGCAAUGCAGGAAAGUCACUGACGGACAGAUUGAGGGAGAUGGCCAGCGAGAAUGUGGAGGAAUUCAGUCGCAGGGAAGGAGGAGGGCAGCAAUGGAGGCCACAGCCUCUAAUGUCACUGUUUCCCGAACAGGGGCAUCCUCCGAUGAAUAGACGAGGAGCUGGAGAUGGAUUGCUGGAAGGUGGUCCGAUGAUUAUGCCCCAAGCUGGACCUCCGCCCUUCAGGCAUCAAGAAAUGUUUGACGGGAUGCGCCACCGAGAAGGUCGAAUGGAUGACUUUGAGCGCCGUGGUGGUCCCAAUCAUCGUGGAGAUUUCUUCCCGCCGCCUCGCUUUGGCCCCAUGAAUAAUGGCGGAAUGAGAGGGAUGUUGCCAAUGGGGGGCGGUGGUCGCAAUGGACCCCAAUUCAGGAUGCCACGCUACGGUAUCAAGGGACCACUCAUGCGAGGACUUCCUCCUGGUCAUCCAGACUUCCAGUUUCCUGAUCGUCCUGGGUUCUUUGGACGCGAUGGGCCCCCCGGGGGCUUCGAGAGGGAUGACAGAAGGAGAAAUGGGCCACCAGGAGUGGAUCGCCGAGGGGGUGGAGGGGGAAUGCCUGGUGAGGGUAGAAGGGGUGGAAAUCGGUUCCAGGAACGCGAUUCGAAGCCGCAACAGCAGAAAUCUUCGCGUUGGGGCAAUGAGAGUUCGACGAGGGGGCGACAGGGACAGGAGCCGGAGGAUGAUGGGCCGCCGGGAGUGGCAAGGGAAGGUGAACAAGAGGGUGGGCAGGAUGAUUUGGGAGCCAAUGGGACAGAGGCAGUUUCGCCUGAAGCAUUGGAUUGUAGUGGUCCAGGGGAGGAUGAUUUGGAGGAAUGUGGGGGAGGAUCAGGGGGAGCAGGAGCAGCAGGAGGAGGAGGAGGAGGGAAUUCGGGCGGUGGGGAAGAGAUUGAGGUUCCGGGGAAGUCUACGCCGCUCUACGAUGAGCCGGCUGAGGCCCCAACUCAGGCUGCUGCUCCGCAAGAGGAGGCGGCUCCUCCGGCUGAAGAAAAGGAAGAAAAGAGCGAAAGUGCUGAGUAAAAGUUCUCACAGAAGAAUUUAAAUUACCAGAAAAAAAAACAAUUUUUUGGGGAUUGAAAAUGGGGAUGUAUAAAAAAUAGUAAUUUUAGUUUUUUUUACAUUUAUAAUCAAUUCAAUUGAAAAUGACAAAAUUCUCGUGAGUUCAGGAAGAAGAUGAGGAAUUAGAAUGAUCCUCUGAUAGAUCAAGGUAUCACUGUGAUAAUUUUUUUUCUUAUUUUUUUAAAUGAUAAAAAAAUAGAAGAAAUGUUUUAUAAAAACUAUUAAAUGACAGAUAUUUUAUUACACGAAAAAAAUUCAAUAAUAAUUUUUUUUUCUAAAGAACUUCAAUAGAAAUUCAAUUACGAAGAAAAUUAUUUUCUGCGGAAAUAUUUUUUUUGAUCUCUGGCGUUUUCUUUGUCACAAUUUCUAGAGUUUAGAUUGAUAAACAGAGAUUUUAACUUAAAGAGAAUUUUGUUUGUGUUUUUGUUCAAAAAAAAAAAGAAAGGUAGGUUUUGAUCCCAGAGCAUCAAGACACGAGAUUCAGACACUCGAGGGAAAACUGGCGCUUGCACUCGAGUUGAGUGACUUGUGCAAGGUACAGUGAUCAUUUUAAUUGCAAUUUUCUCCAUAAUGUCCAUCAGGAAAAUUCCAACCCAAUUAUAAAAAAAAGAAAAUAAGAAAAAAAAACCCUCGAGAGUCAAGAAAAAGAUCACGAUCGCGGAACCUUGAUCAGCGAUUAUAUUUCUUGGAAAGAAAAAAACUACGUAGAAUUUUGCAUAUUUCAUCGAAUUAUAAAUGUAAAAAAAAGCAGUAAAAUUAAUUAAACAAAAAAAUUACAUAGGAUAGGCUAUAGCAUAAAAAAAAGAUCAAGAAAAAGAUCACCAGAUAAAUGAUUACAGAAAAAUUUUUAAGCGAUAUCAUAAAGAUUUCAACAAAAAAAAACUAUCCCUUUCCUUUUAUUUUGCUUUGAUAAAAACAUUUAGAAGACAAAUGGAUUAUUCUUAGACAUUUUGCGCCAAUUUAUUGCACGACUAAAGAAUAAGGAUUUUAUGAUGAAAGAAACAAACGAGAUACGAUGAUGGAAUAUUGAUUGUAAAUAGAGAGAAGGAAGAUGAGGAAUACCAAUUUUUUCUCUAGCAUAGAAAUAUCUUAAUCCACAUAUUAAUCCAUUUAAAUGUGCUUAUAUAGACAGAUUCUUUGGUUUUUUGAUGUAAUAAAAUAUUCAUUCUAA